CCGCCGGCCCCGCCCCCUCGGGCGCCAAUCCGCGGCGGCGUGGAGGGGCGGCCGGGCCCCUGGCCUCUAUUUACUCUUUCAAUCAGUGCGAGUGUUUGCCCCUGGCCGGCGUGCACGCGCGGGUGAUGCGCUAGCCAUGAUCUCGCAGAAGCUGUCGUACGGCGACGUGCCGACGUCCGCGUCGCUGAGCUCGCUGUCGCCGGGCCUCGCGCCGCCCUACGUGAACAGCAUGGGCUGCAUGCCAGCCCAGCCCUACCCGAAUCUGUACUCCAACAACAUGGUGGCCGGCGGCUCCUGCAUGGGCUCCCCGGGCGUGGGCUACUCGCCGCCCAGCACCAUGGCCUCCUGCAUGGGCGGCGCCGGCGGCGUGCCCUACGGCUCCCUGCCGAGGGAACAGGAGGCCGCCUCGCCGACCUCGGCGCUCCAGCGGGCAAGGAACGACAAAACCUACCGCCGCUCCUACACGCACGCGAAACCACCCUACUCCUACAUCUCGCUCAUCACUAUGGCCAUCCAGAACAACCCCACGCGAAUGCUGACGCUCUCGGAAAUCUACCAGUUCAUCAUGGAUUUAUUCCCGUUCUACAGACAAAACCAGCAGCGCUGGCAGAACUCCAUCCGGCAUUCGCUGUCUUUCAACGACUGCUUUGUGAAAGUUCCGCGGACGCCCGACAAGCCCGGGAAGGGGUCGUUCUGGACGCUGCAUCCGGACAGCGGGAACAUGUUCGAGAACGGCUGCUUCCUCCGUCGUCAAAAGCGAUUUAAAGAUGAGAAGAAGGAGGUGAUUAGACAAGCGCAGAAAGCGACGCACGGGCACGGACACCACGGAGGGCACGAGAAGAGAGAUCACCACGAUAAGGGCGGGGAGCUCCGGGCGGCCGGCGGCGGCGUCGGCGACGACAAGGAGAUGCGCGACGAGCUGCUGGCCCAGCUCCACGCGGCGCCCGAGCUGUGCCUGCCCGAGCACACGCCGCUGGCCCUCGAGCACUACGCGCAGCUGAAGCAGGAGCCGCCCGGGUACGCGCCCGCGCCGCACCCCUUCAGCAUCACGCGACUCCUGCCCGGCGCUGACACCAAGUCCGACCUGAAGAUGUACGACGUCAACUACGGGUACGGGCACUCGGCGGAGAACUACUACCAGUCGUCGCUGUACCACCACCACCACGCGCACGCGCAGCCGCCCUUGUGACAGUACCCGCUGGCGUAGGCCCGCCGCGGCCCCUGGCCCGGCCCCGACGCCGCGCUCUAACCGCGCAAGUAAGUCAACGGACUCCGCACUAAAAUCUCAUUAAAUUAUUGAUAUUGGACUCCUGAGUGAGCGUGAUUUGUGUUCUGGUGAUAUUCUAAGACGGUUUGUGUAAAUACGCUAUUUUGUCCAAGCCUAAGUAUCGUUAUAGAAGCGUCGCGUCGCGUUGUCGCGUUAGGCCUAUUUGUGGAACUUGCGAAAGUGUCCUUUAAAGUCCUUCUGAGCGUCUCCGUCGGCUCUUUUGAAUCAAAUAACAAUAUAAAUAAAAUGAGUGACCGUUGAGCUUUUCCAUGAGUCGUUCUGUAACUGACAUGAGUUGGAAUAGAGCUAAUCAGUUGCAUUAGACGAUCGAUACGUUAUCUGCAAAGCUGUAUCAAUCGCCCGUGGCCGUAAUACUCGUUGAACUCUUUUGUAUGUAAACACAAAUAAGUUGUAGUAAAUAUCACAUUUUAACGCGAAUUUAAAUGCCAGAUUUUUUUUUUUACCCAAAUGCCUUUCAAAUCACAUUCACGAGUCAAAAAUUUCAAUCUUAUUAAAAUUUGUGUUAAAAUACGAACCUAAAACUACGAUAACACGUUUUUAUAAAUUGUUGUAUGCAUUUUUUAUGGUAAAAACGUCGGUUUGACAUAAGUAGGUAAUAUAAAAGUUAUAAUACUACAUUACUUCAUAUAUAAAAUAAACAAAAUUAAAUAUAAAGUCAAUUAAACUACCUAUCAAAAUUGCUCGAGUGAAGUAAAAAUAUAUCUUCAAUUAAAACAUUUUUAUUGAAAUUAGGUAGUAUGUUUAGUUCUACGUAUAAUAAUAAUAUCUAAAUGGAAAAAUUUUAAACAACAUACCAAAUAAUUUAAAAAUGCUUCAUUAUAGGAACAUAUGUUAUUAAUUAUUGAUAGUUAAUUGAUUGAAAAGAGUCUACGGAAAACACAACAGAAGUGACGUCAUAUCGAGGACAGACGAACUGUGCAAUGUCAAUGUAAAAUGUGUAUAAUAUACUUUAGAUAGGUGAAAUGGAAUUACCGUUCUGUCGACCAUCGCAUAGUCUAGAUAAGUUUUGUAUAUAUAGUUCUAAGGUAAAUAUAUAUGACUUUAAAUAAUGGUGUUUGGUGUAAAAUAGGUACCUAUCCAGGCUUCUGCACUACAUUCCAAUAUUUAUUUAUAUGCAAGUGUCAAUUUAGCAUUUUUUAUAUUACCAAAUAGCUUAGUAAGCGUUGCCGUUUAUAGGUACAUAUAAUCGAAUUGAAGUUUAGUUGAAUAUGGAACACCAAAUUUUUUUUAAUUUCUUGGUUGCUCUCAUAACAAAAUUUGCUCAUAAUAAUGGCCGCUUUCGUAUCGUUGUCGCUUCUUGUAUCAUGGAAAAAUUACACCACGUACUUACAUAGUUAUUAUUAUCAACUCUCUAAUUUUUAAACUGAACUAUCCAAAGACAAACCUGUCAUUUCAAAGACAAUUAACCAAUUUACACUUCAUAUUUCCGAUGACAUCAUUAUGAAUAAAAAUCGGAUUUGACAGCGUUGGCAUAAUGUAGCUCGCCUUGGGCUCGCCUGACCUUAGUCAAGUGGUAAAAACCUCAAGUUUUUUCGACAAAAUUCGUAUGUGAAUCGGCGGCUUAAUGUGAUAUUUCUAGGUUGUCAUGUUUCUGUGAUAUCACGGCCGUUAUUGCGUAUAGCACUUGGAAUUUGAAACGGAGUGUAGAAUUCUCAUUUUGUUUGAUCAUUAUAUUGGUUAUCUUUAAUUACAUCCGAUAUUUUAAUAUCAAGUACUAUCACAAUAAUGGUGCAAAAUAAUUUUCGCGGAUUAGUUUUUUGUAGUUAUAAGAUUUUUAUAUUUUUCUGUUAAUUUUCUCAUUUGCUAAAAUUAAAACAACCCAUUUCACUAAAAACAACGAAAUAAAAUUAUAUUUCCUAGAUUAUUAGUGUAAUUAUGAAGAGCAAUAUAUCCAAGUAUGUUCACCGGCAGUUACCUAUACCAAUUUAAGUGUAUAAAAAUAAUAUAAAAUAAUAAUUCACGCGAUUUUCAAUAACUCACAACUUGAAUAUACCUACGUUACCUUAAAUACAGGUAGGUAUUUCAAUAUUAUUUAAUUUUCCAAUAUGGAGACAUGUAAUAGAUUUAUUUCAUUUUAUUAGCAAAAUUACAUGCAACAUUAUUCAGUUAUAAAUAUUUUAAACAUAUUGUCAAUGCUUGCUAAGCUAUAAAAUCAUAUUUUAAUCAUAUUAGUUAUAAUAUUAUAGUAAUGCUAAAUUAAUUCUUGAUCUUAUAAAUACAUAUUAAUGCCAUACUCGAAUCUUGAUAGGCUACUUAUAUUAUCAUCUGUUAGUUUCAGAGUUAAUAAAAUUAAGUAUUUACAAUAA